AUGCGUUCGCUGUGGACGUUAUUGGUACUGGCUCUCUCAGCCGAAGCUAUCAGAACAACGGGAUGUCCUCUUUUGGGACCGGCAUUCCCUGCCCCUAUCGCCCUGUCAGCGGAUCCCAUUUUUUCCAGAGAAGCUGAGGAAUUGACCUCGAAGCUCAAUGAAGCCAUUGAGGAUGGAAGUCUACCUGCCAUAUCAUUCGCAGUGCAGGUCUUCAGCAGCGAAGAGGAUCAUUCGGCAUUCGGUUUCUACCACACAGAUGAUCCAGUUAAACUUGGGUCUGUGGGAGUUCGAGAGGUAGACGAGGAUACCAUGUUCCGAAUUGGCAGCAUAUCAAAGCUGUGGACUAUGUUUCUCUUUAUGACCUUGGAAGGAACACGGUACUUCCACGAGCCCGUUUCGAAAUACGUGCCUGAGCUGCGAAUGGAGUACAGCCCAGCACAAGAAAAGGACAAAAUUAAUUAUUUGCAAUGGAGUGAUGUUACGAUCGGUGAACUGGCUAGUCACCAAGCGGGCCUUGCAAGAGACUGUAUGAUGAUCAUACCCCCGACGACCCGAGUGGGCGAUGUGAAAAAGAAACUGAACUUGAUUCUAGAUGCGUUUGGAGACCUUGGAUUUAAGUCGGAUCUUCUCCAAAGCAUGGGCUUCCCUUCGCUUCCAAAGAAUGAGCAGCUGACUUGUGGGAGUGAGUAUCCGUGCGAUAGAAAAGAUCCCUUGACUCCGACCUCACAGACACCAAUAUACUCGAACGCGGGAUAUCAAAUUUUGGGAUAUGUAUUGGAGUCAAUUGGAAAAGCCGACUACGAAGACAUAUUAAUGGACCGUCUUAUCAAGCCACUCAACUUGACUCAGUCCUGUCUUAAGAUCCCAGACCCCAGCUUGGCGGUGAUCCCCUACAAUGAGAGUUUCAGUUGGUUUGGUUAUGAUAUCGGCGGAGAGGCUCCUGCUGGAGGCAUUUUCUCUUCCGCAAAUGAUAUGGCCACAUUCGGCCGUGCUGUUCUUUCCAGCACCCUUGUUGACCCUGCCGUGACAAGGCGGUGGCUGAAGCCGGUAGCACAUACAUCAUCCCUGCAACAUUCCGUGGGCGCCCCCUGGGAGAUCUAUACAUUUUUGACACCUCGUCGGGUCGACCUGUACACCAAGGCCGGAGACAUCGGGCUGUACUCCAGUUCUAUCGAUCUUUCGCCAGAUCACAAUGCCGGUUUUACAGUUUUAGUUGCAGGGGGCAACUCUCACGCGAUGACAUCAACAAUCGGGGAGAUUGUUGCCGAUAUUGUGCUUCCCGCGCUUGAUGAAGUCGCCAGAAGCCAAGCCCUUGAACGCUUUGGGGGUACAUAUGCUCUGACGAGCGGCUCCUCUAAUUCCUCAAUCACAAUCACAGCCGACGAUGAGGCUGGCUUGGUAGUCUCGGUAUGGACCAGCAACUCGGUCGACAUGAUCGAGUCUUUGAUGGCUUUGCAAGGAGUGACCGAUCGCUCUGCGAUAAGCAUUCGUCUACAGCCUAGUGGUCUUGCGACCCCAGGUCGGAUCUCCUUCUUGGCUGUUAUCUAUACUAUUGAUGCACCGGAAGACGCUGGGCCCAUUGUUGGAUCCUGCUUUUCGUGGAUUUUGCUCGACUCCUUGGUGUAUGGCAAUGUCGGUCUCCCAGAGUUUGAGUUCGCACUGAAUCAUGAUGGCCAUGCGACGAGCUUAUCCCCUCGGGCCUUGCGCGUUACGCUUCCUAGAGUUUAA